UCCUGACCAUCCUGAUAUACGACUCCAUUUUGAACUUUCUCGUGCAAGUAGGCAUUUUUUCCAGGGAUAUACAGUUGUUGGAAGUCGGGCCGUCCUCGGAAAUGCUUUCGAGGUAUAUUGGGAGGCUGCACCCGCUUAAGACAGACAUCGUCAAGUGUGGUGUACACAAAUGCUCGUCAAUUUUAGAUACAACGUCGAAAGAGGCGAUUGGGAAGCCUGCUAAAGUACAGGGAUGGGUACGCGCGCUGCGAAAGAUGAAGGAUGCAGUCUUUGUUGACAUUUCCGAUGGAUCAACAUGCGAAAUGUUGCAAGUUGUUAUGCCGAAGGUGAUUAAACCCGACAAUUUACGUUACGGGAGUAGCAUCAGAGCGGAAGGAGAGCUAUUCCUGGCUCCCAACGGUAAAACUGAGCUACGCGCGACUGAGGUACACGUGAUCGGCACGUGCAAUGUCUUGGAGGAUGGAUAUCCUUUCGCACCGAGAAAGACAUACGAUCCGGAGUAUAUCAGACAGUAUUUAUAUUUGAGGCCGAGAACGCGAGGCUUCUCUAGCUUGUUAAGACUACGCGAUCUUGCCACUACAAUGAUCACUGAUCAUUUGAGAGAUAGGGGGUUUCUUAGUGUACACACACCGAUGUUGACAUCUAACGAUUGCGAAGGCGCGGGUGAGGUGUUUCUCGUCAAACCACAAUCCAAAGAGAUUUUAAAAAGUAUGAAGAAGAAAGGUCAAUCAGAAGAUGAGAUUUACUUUGACACCAUUGCCUUCCUCGCUGUCUCUGGACAGUUGCAUUUGGAGGCAGUAGCAAGAGCUCUCACAAAAGUGUACACUUUUGGACCUACAUUCAGGGCGGAAAAUUCAAAAUCAAGAUUGCAUUUAUCAGAGUUUUACAUGUUAGAGGUGGAGAUAGCGUUUAUUACACGAAUCGAAGAAUUGAUGGAGGAAGUUGAACUUUUAGUGAAACAGGUUAUCGAGCGAAUGAUUGAAAAAGGAGCCUCAGAUUUGCGUGCAAUCAAUGCUCCAGAACCACAGUGGUUGAACAAAACAUUUGCACAUUUAACGUACGAAGAUGCUUUCAAUGUGUUAAAUAAUCACGCAAAUAGAUUGCAACAACCUAUAAAGUAUGGAGAGGCAUUAUCGAAAGAGCACGAACUGUUUUUAGUACAACAUAACGACGGGAUACCAGUGUUCGUUAUUAACUGGCCAAAAGUUAUUAAGCCAUUUUAUAUGAAAGAAUGCAUAGAUGAUGUAUCUAAGGUAGCGGCAAUGGACUUGUUAGUACCAGAUGUGGGAGAAUUGGUAGGAGGUAGCAUGCGCGAGGAUGAUUAUGGAAAAUUAGAGUUGAAGCUGCCUCCUACGGGGAAUCUCUCGUGGUAUUUAGAUUUACGUAAAUAUGGAAAUGUGCCAACAGGUGGUUUUGGAUUGGGCUUUGACAGAUUUUUACAAUGCGUCUUGGGGAUUAGCAAUAUCAAGGACACUGUGCCUUUCCCCAGAUGGCCGCACAAUUGCAAUUUAUGAAUAAAAUUUUCAGGGUUGUCGUAUUAUUUAAUUUAU